AUGAAGACACACAUUUCCGCCAUCGCUUUACUGGCUGUUCUUCUAGGUACAGCAGAAGCAACAAAUCACGCCAAUUCGCCCAAAUACGAUUUCGUUAUUGUCGGCGGGGGGACGAGUGGACUUGUCGUAGCGAAUCGACUUUCCGAAAACAAAGAUAUCACAGUUGCGGUGAUCGAGGCGGGCGAUUCGGUGUACAACAACCCCAAUGUCACCAACGUCAGUGGCUACGGCCGUGCCUUUGGCACUCACAUCGACUGGGCAUAUCCAACAGUACCUCAAGAGUACGCAGGUGGUGGAAGACAAAUUAUGCGUGCCGGAAAAGCCAUUGGGGGAACGAGUACAAUCAAUGGAAUGGCUUACACAAGAGCACAAAGCGCUCAAAUCGAUGCUUGGGAGCAGUUCGGAAACGACGGAUGGAGCUGGAAAAGCUUGCUUCCUUAUUUCAAGAAAUCUGAGGAGUUCCAAAUUCCGACUCGAAAUCAAAUAUCUCGAGGGGCAGACUACUAUAUCACUUAUCACGGGGAGUCAGGCGCGUUGAAAGUGGGCUGGCCUUCACUGAUCACCAAUCGUACCGUGCUUCCUGCCCUUGACGAGACAUUUAACCAACUAGGUGUUCCGUUCAACCGCGAUGUCAACGGUGGCAACAUGGUCGGCCUCACCUCACAUCCGAACACAGUUGAUCCAGUGGAAAACAUCCGUGAGGACUCGGCCAGAGCGUAUUAUUGGCCUUACCAAAACCGGUCUAAUCUCAAGAUCCUCACCAACACUUUCGCAAAUCGAAUUAUUUGGGCCAAUGACACCCGAAGCGAAGCCACGGCAAUCGGAGUCGAGGUGAAGAACUCACACGGCAUGGAGACAAUCUACGCCACCAAGGAAGUCAUCUUAGCGGCGGGUGCUGUAAAAUCUCCCGCUAUCUUGGAAUUGUCCGGGAUUGGUAACCCGGACAUCCUCAGUAAGUAUGACAUUCCCGUCAAGGUUGACAUUGCCACCGUGGGUGAGAACUUGCAGGACCAGACGAACAACGGCAUCACCUACCAAGGCUUAGAGUUUUGGCUCGGCUCACCAACCUUCUCUGUCCUUCCGUCAGCGAACCAACUCUACGGCAACAACGUCUCGAAUGUGGCGGCCUAUGUCAAGUCGAGUAUGACAGAGUACGCUAAGGUUGUUGCUAACUCAUCUAACGGAGCAGUGUCGGAGAGCAACAUUCUGGAGGCUUUCCAGACCCAACAUGACUUGAUCUUUAAAGCACAGGUUCCAUAUGCCGAAGUCGUCUUACUUCCUAUUCUCGACACAUUCUCUGCUGAGUACUGGCCUUUGCUUCCAUUUGCGCGAGGGAACGUCCACAUCAAAUCUGCGGAUCCUUCAGUGACACCUGCGAUCAACCCCAACUUUUUCCAGUUCGGCCAAGAUCUCGACGCUCAAGUGGACGUAGCCAAAUUCAUUCGCAAGGCUUUUUCAACGAAUCCUUUGAGCGGCCUUGUCGGGGACGAAUUUGCUCCUGGCCUCGACAACCUACCAAACAAUGCACCAGAAUCUGAGUGGCAUGACUGGGUCAAGUCGAAUUACCGGACCAACUAUCACCCUGUGGGUACCGCUAGCAUGCUUCCUCGUGAGAAAGGAGGCGUGGUCAGCUCUACGCUCAAGGUCUACGGCACCAAAAACGUCCGAGUAGUUGAUGCUUCGGUAAUUCCGUUUCAGGUGUGCGGUCAUCUGACCGCCACGAUAUACGCCGUGGCUGAGAAAGUCUCGGAUAUUAUCAAGAGCCGCUACCGCAUCUGA